UGCAACUGUAUAGGAACACACCACGAGCCAACCUCUAGACAAAGAUUUGACACAUUCAGUGUCAAACCCCGAUCGAAUAGAAAAAAAUAUCAUUCGACACUGUAAGACCGAAGAAAAGAGAAAUGCAACAUAUGCAGCAAAAUCUUGAUCCCCAGGAAGGGACCUCGUCGGCCGCUGUUCACCCUAAGCAGCAAAACACAAACCAAAGAGGGAAAAACAAGGCACCAUCUGAUGCUGCCAAACAAAAGGGUGCAAACAAGAAGAAGAUGCAGAAAAAUGCAAACCCAAACCCCAGAGCCAAAAACCCUGGACCCAAUCGAGGGCCUUGGCCACAUCAGCCCAAUGCCCACUUUAAACCCAAUAAUGGGCCUGGGCAACAUUGGCAAAAUCCACAUUUUUUGCCAAAACAAGGGCGUGUGCCACAUCAGCCCCAUCCUGACCAUAACACCAACAAUGGGCCAUCUCAGCCACAGCCUCACUUAACACCAAAUGAUGGCAGUCGUCCAUACAAUGAGACUGAUGAACUGGGUGCGCUGAGAUUCCACCUGCAGGAGGCUCAGAACAUGUGCAAAACCAAUUUUUAUAAAAUGACAGCUGCAAACCACAAAGCUGCUGCAGCUAAAACUCAGAAAGAUUGGCUUCGCUUUCAGCUACAGUGCUGCAGAGGAAACGCUCAAAAAACCAUCCUUGAGCUCCAAACACAGCUGGAAGAGUCUCGUAGAAAGACACCCGAGGAGAACUUCACCCCUGAGGUGAGUGAGGCUCCUGUUGAAGACAGCAACACAGCUGUCACAGCUGCAGAGCUGAGUGUGGAUGCUUCAACACAAACUGCAGAAGCUCCACACACAGACUCUACAGAUGUGAAAACCGAUCGAGAAGCUGAGUUGGAGAUCCAGUGCAAAAAACAGCAAGGAGAGAUCGAACAACUCCGUGAGCAGCUCCUCAAAACUCAAAAGACUCUAGAAGAGGAAGUUGCAAAGCGUCAAGAUCAGGAACAAAGAGCCAACUGUGAGCUCGCUGAGCUGAAAGACAAACUCAGCACCAGUGAGGCUCUUUGUGAAGAAAAUGAUUUGAAGGCGCAAAACUUAAAAGCAGAGCUGGAGAAAACCAAAGCUUCCCACCUGGAAAUCGUGGAGAAGCAAAACCUGGGGCACACAACAAUCUGCAACCAACUCAGGCAAACAGAAGAAGAAAAGAUCUCACUUCUGGAGUUUUUGCAGUAUCUGCAAGAGACAACCAAACCAGAAAGUCCAGAGGCCCGAGAAGACAAAGUGCCAAAAGAAAAACAAAAAAGAAAACGAAGCGCAACUGGUUUUUGAGACUAUUCACUUAAGUGACUUCCACUCCGUCUCCUAUAAAAUCACAGUAAUAUACAACUAAAUAUUAACAGGCACUUCCAGUGCCUAAACAUCCAUUUAAAAGCAUAUUUGCUUUAAUAUUUAGUUGUGUAUAACUUUGUCAUCGGUUCCACCACCCC